UUUUGUGAAUCCGUGGGUCGUCGCACAUCUGCCCUCUGCCCCUAUUGGCAAAGUUAGGACGGGGGGAGAUACCCGGCCGCAGGGGAAGCAUGGAGAAAGCAUGGGAUGGAGAGAAUCAGGCAGAUUACCGGAACGCGUAUUCCUAGCGACGGCUUCUUGUUCGCACAUUGCUCUUUUCUUUUGGCAGGUGUCUGAAACGGUGUUCCGAGCACCAUUAUAUAUAGUGAACAGGAUGAGGUCUGUGGCUGCAAGUAUAGAGCGCGAAAUUACCAAGGAACUUGGACUGCUGCCACUAGGUGGCGUCCGCUUUAGAGGAAACAAGUCCCGCAAUUAUGUACUCGCGCGGGGCAGCCCACCUACAGGGCUUUCACCAUCAUUGCUGGAUUCGAAUAGUCGAAUCACGAGCUUUCUCGUCUGUGUGGAAUGCAUAAACAACUCGUGAGACAGAGAAGAAUGCGAGGUGUUGUGGCGAAUGUUGGACGCUCGGACCUCUGCGAGAGGUAAACAG